AUGGCCCAGUACAGCUCGUCGCCAUCUCUGUCGUCACCACCUUCAGGUUCAAUAUCAGAUCCCGGCUCACCGUCCCACCUUAUUCAGGGACGCGCUAACAUAGCCAUGGGCGACGAAAUCGUUGUCGACACCGAGGCCAGGUUCCGCCUGGACUUGGGACAACCGUCAGCAGCUCAGGAUAAUGUGCCCCUGACAGCAGCUGGCGUUCCACGGAAGAAGCCCGGCCGUAAGCCCGGAGCGGCAGCGGCAGCAAAGAAGGCUGCUGCCGUCGAGGAUGGAUCGGCUGCUAGCACGGAUGCCCCCGCUAAGCAGCGGAGGCCGCGCAAGCCCAAGGACCCUAGCGCACCUCCUGCUCAGCGAAAACGGAAACAACCGCCUACCGAACUCGAAGGUGCUCCCGACAAGAGGAGCUCUUCCGUCGGUCUGGACUCUCGCCAGCCAAAGAUCACUGAUCUUACCAAUCUCCGCUUGGACCUUGAUUCGCCCUCACGGAGUCAACAGUCCGCUCCACCCCCAGCUCCGCCCAAGGCCCCGGCUCGCAGUUCCAUGCACAGUCUGCUCAACCACGAUGACCCGCCAUCGCCGCAGCACUCACCGCCGCCAGUUAGAAACAGUGGCCAGAGCUACGACCCCGUGCGGUCUUCCAACUACGAUCCCGUCAGAGAGACCAUGGUGGCUCGCGACCCCUGGGGCACCGGCUCUCUUGGCUCACCCCGCGCGCCCACCCAAAUUCAAAAUCGAGCCAGUGCAUCACCUUCAAUUACCAGCCUCAUCGAUCCAGUUCCUUCCUCCGCCGCGGCUGCGCCGCUAAGAUCCCCUUUGCUGCCGUCCAAGCACGUGUAUGGCAAUUAUCCCGAGUCGAUAUCGGCUCCCACUUCACCAUCGAACGAGAUGAAGGCACCAACCGUGCCCGCUCCAUCUGCUUCUAAGCCGACCCCUGCACCGACUGCUUCGCCAGAGGCGCCGGCCCCAGCAUUGAAGGCGUCCAAGAAGGAGUUGGUAGCUUCAGAGGUCACCAAGCCGGCUAAGAGACAGUCAACGGGUGGCAAGGCCAAAGAUGCCUCGUCAUCUGCCAAGGCAACGACAACCAAGUCAGCUAGAACAUCAUUGGCAAAGGCGACCCCCAAGGCUUCAUCGGCAAAAGCAUCGGCAGAAGUCUCUGAGAGCUGUGCCUCGGUUUCCUCACCAGAAGAGGCAGCCCCGCCAGCACCUACGUCUGCGCCGAGCAAGAAGGUCACGUCGGUAACUCUUCAAGAGCGCAAGCAACAGAAGGUUGCGAGUGCGACGUCGUCACCAAGAAUAUCUGCACCCGUCAAGAUGCCUCCGGUUCCAGAUUUCCCGGACGAAGACAGCGAGCGAUCGAUUCUUGAUUUUGGGAAAAUCAACCCUGCCGACAAGAAGGCGGCUCCGUCGAUUGUACUGUCCAUACCGUUGCGCGGGGAAUCGAACAAGUACGUCAACUUUAUGCGCAUGGCAGAGGACAAGUACGGCUGGGAUGCUCUCCACCCUCGCGAGGCCGCCCACCGCGACCGGAAGGCUCGCAUAGCUGCUGCCGCCUCUGCACUCGAGAAGAAUGUGUCUGGUCGUGAGACGGGAGACGAGGAGACGGACAAGGAAUCAGAUGGCGACAACAGCGACGCCGAGAACAAGGGCGGCAAUGGCGCCGCUAGCGCCGGAGAAGCUGGUGCUGACGCAGCUAGCGGAGCGGAUGGCGCGCCGAUGAAGAAGCAGCGCAGGAAACGCAACUGGAGGGAGGAUGAGUACGACAAGGAGGAUGAUUUUGUUGACGACUCGGAGAUGCUGUGGGAGGAGCAAGCCGCGGCUAGCAAAGACGGGUUCUUCGUCUACUCGGGCCCGCUCGUCCCUGAGGUGGAGAAACCAGCACCAGGAUCCGAGGGACCUGCUAAGCGCGGGCGUGGAGGCGGACGAGGCAGUCGGGGCGGUGGCCGUGGUGGCACAACGCGUGGCAGCACAACCACUGGAAGAGGCCGUGGUGGUGGUCCAGGCUCCCGAGGUGGUCAGAUUCGCAAGCCGCGCGCAACCAAAGCCGAAAAAGAGCAGGCAGAGCGAGAAAAGGCCGAGAAGCUGGCCCAAGACGGUUCGACUAAGACGGAAAACGGUUCUUUAGGCUAUGACCUCAACCCGGCAAGCACCAACCCACAGUUCUCGGGAAUGGUUAUUGACCUCUGA